ACGGAGAUUCUGCUCUUUAUUUAGCUGUCAAUGGCAGAGUUCCACAACCAGACAGUAACUCGAAACACCGCUUUGAUCUUCGCUUCUCCCUUCAGCAGACAUGUCGGAGACGAUGAAGGUGGAGAUUCUUUCCAGAGAAACCGUUAAGCCGUCUUCUCCGACUCCUCCCCAUCUUAGAACCGUCCAUCUCUCCUUCUUCGACGUCAUGACCCCUCCGGUCUACACAGGCGGCCUCCUCUUCUACCGCAUCAAUGGCGUCGCCGGAGAAAUCGGCGAUAUCUCCGGCAAGCUCAAGAAGUCGCUUUCGGAGACGUUGACCCGCUUUUACCCUCUCGCGGGCAGAAUCAACGGCAAAGUCAUCGACUGUAAUGAUGAAGGAGCUGUCUUUAUCGAGGCCCGUGUCGGGUCUUCUCUCUCGGAUCUUCUGGUGAACCCUAGUCCGUCAUCUCUGAUCGGUCUCCUCCCCGACGGGAGACCGAGAGCCGGGAUGUGGCCGUUGUUGCUCGUCCAAGUGACGUCGUUCUCCUGCGGCGGCGGCUUCGUGGUCGGGAUAUGUCUCUCCCACAGAGUCUCCGACGCGACCGCGCUCUCGAUCUUCAUCCGCGGCUGGUCCGCCACCGCGAACGGCCGUGGAGACACGGUGGCACCGGGCUUCACGGCGUCGAGGGUAUUCCCGUCGCCGCCGGGACAAGAGCCUAUCGUCUUGCCGGAGAAGGACGAGACAGGGGAGACUAAGGAACCAGAGUUCGUGACGAGGAGGUUCGUGUUCGAAGCAGAGAAGAUCAAGCAGCUGAAAAACAGAGCAUCCAGCGAGAAAGUGAAAGAUCCCACGAGAUUCGAAUCCAUCACCGCUCUAAUGUGGCGAUGCGCAUUGAAGGCGAAGAGAUCGAACUCUGCAAAUGCCAAGAAACCGUCGGUGUUGCAGUUUCCGAUCGACAUGAGACGGAGGAACAUAUCCCCUGUUCUGUCGGAAAACACUGUCGGAAACAUCAUAUCCGCUUCCAGCGUCGAGACCGACGAUCCGGAGAUGGGUAUUGACGAAUUAGCGAGAAAACUGAGGGAAGGUAAGGAAAAAGCGUCGGAGAAGCUCCGUACGAAGGAACCCAUGAAAAUUGCAGAGGAGUUCGAAAAAAACGUGGGGGGAUUUUUCUACAGGAAGAUCAUUGGCGCCAUCGAUGGAUACAGCAGCACGAGCUGGGGAAGAUCCGGGUUCUAUGAAACGGAUCUCGGAUUCGGACAUCCGAUCUGGGUGACUCCGGAUAGUUUCGACACGAAGGUAGAGCUGUUCGCGAUGUUGGACACGAGAGACGGACAUGGAACGGAGGUUUGGGUGAGCUUGAAGGUCGAAGAAAUGGCGGCCGUGGAGAAAGACGACGAGCUUAACCAAUACGCUCUGCUGAAUCCAAGCGUCGUAUAAGUUUAACGAAUACGUAAAAUCUAAUUCCACGUUUUCGUUUUAAAACAUAUGUCUGGUCAGAAAUCGUCCAAAUCAUUGCUUGCUAUAUGAACUUAGAACAUAUGUUUUAUAUCAUUUUGUGUGUGAUGAUUAUGACUAUCUUGAUCUA